AGCAAAGGAAGGAAGGAUUAGAUUCUGGAGAGCUGACAACCAGAAGUUUUUGUCAGUGUACUUAGAGCAAGGUCCACAUUUCCGGUCUCAGUUCAGUUAAUUUCUGGAAGAGACACCAAAGCUCACUCACUCUUCAGGUUCUCACUGAACCUACUGUAUCGGAAGGGACUUCACCUCCCAGAAGUCCAUUUUUAUGAAGACUGUUGAGACAGCUUUCCAGAAACUAGAACCAUGUGGAAGAUAGACCUUGGAGUAUUCCUGUGCGGAUUAUCUUGAUUACGUUAAUUAAUUCUGGAUGGGACUAGGUAAGGUAUCCUGGGCUGUACGUAUAGAAAAAGAACUAAGCACCGUACAUGUUUUCUGCUUCUUAAGUGUGGAUAUAAUGAGAUCAUUGCUUCACUUUCCCACUGCUGUGGCUUCCCUACCAUGUUGCACUGUAUCCUGAUCAGGGAACCAAAACAAAAAUAUUCCCCUCUCAGUCAAUUUUGUUGAAAUCAUUUAUCAUACCAACUGAAGAAGAAUCUAAGACUAUAAAUUACAGAAAAUAAAAUAGGAAGCUUUGUUUAAAUUAAUGACUCAAGAGGACCGAAAGAAGUAUAAGAGCAAGUCGAUUCAGUCUUUCUCUCAAAACUCACAGUGGAAAAUUUCUCACUAUCUGAACCCAAUAGUAGUCACCCUGACUACUUAGCAAUGGCAAUCGGCACCAACUGUUGAAAGUCUAGUGUUGUACCUCACCCAACUGCUUAGAAGUCUUCAAUCACAGUGUCCGUGCAAAAUACAGCUGUCACUUCAAAGGGAGUAAAAGAGAAUUAUUGAGUCAAAUAUGUGUCCAUGAUCUGGGACCAUCAAUUCAUGUUACAAAUAACAUGUUCUGACAUAGAAGACAUUUCAUGAAGUCCUUUAGUCACAUUACUUUAAAGGUCAUAAGUCAAAGCAAUUUCCACGUGUGUGAGUGAAAACAUCAUAUAGGCUUGGUCACAGCAAAAUGGAGCCAUUUCUGCUAUAGGUCUCAGUUGCUAUCUGAUUACAAUCAUAGCUUUUGGGUUCGAAGAUGUCAGAGUCUCCUACAUUAAUAACAGUCCCCAAAGUUUUCCCGACAGUUAACACAUCAAAAGAGUCUUAGAUCAGACACAGCAGUAAGAAAUGUGUGGCUGCAAGAGUUCUAAAGAUAGCUAGAGAUAAUUUUGACUCUGAAUUUACAAUAUCUCUGUUCUCCACAGCCACAGAGUUCUGAUUAGUCAUCCAGUCUUGUGGAGUAUUUAAUGUAGGUGUGGUGUUUUUCUUAGAACUUCUGUUUACAACUAUGCAGCCUGUUCUGGACUUUUGAUUUUAUUCCAUUGAUCUAUUUCUUUAUCCUACGCCAAGGUAUUCUGUCUUGUUAACUUUAGCUUUCUAUUAAUAGUAAGCUUACACUUACGUGAAUUUUAUCAUCCCUGUCCCAUAACUAGAACAUGAGGGUUUCAUGAUUGAUUAGAAAUAUUUGUAGGUAAGCAACAUUUUAUUUUAUUUUUAUUUAAAUGUGUUUGUUCAUGUGUCACAUGAAUGGAUCCCAUGUAGGUGAAAGGGAGAUGUCAGAUCCCUUGGAACUGGAGGUAAAGGCCAAUGUGUGCUGAUAAGAGUGCUGUAAACUGAAUUUGGGUUCUCUGGAAGAGCAGUUUAAGUGCUGAAACUCCUUUCCCUAUCUUUACAAUUAAGAGUCUCAAAAUUCCCUCUCUGUGCUCCUCUGUAGAUACUGUCAACAAUGUCUUUGACUAUUGUUCUUUCUCUGUCCCUGUCUAACCUGCUGCUAAUCACAUGCUGUGUGUUUUUGUGUUAAAUGUUCCAUUGUUUUCAGUUUCAUGAGUUCUGUCUUGGUCAUUUAAAAUGCUUUUUUAUUCUAGGUUUUGUUUUUAUUUAUUGUUUUAGCUAGUGUUCUUUCUUCUUUUCUCUUCUGUCUUUCUGUCUUUGUCUGUCUGUCUCUGUCUCUCUCUCACACACACAAAUCACAUACACACACACACACACACACACACACACACACACACACACACCACUCAAACUCCAAUUUCCAUAUACUCAAGUUAUUUCUUUCCCCAGUGACUUUGCUUUUCCCCAAGUGACUGAAACUGUACACUUCUUUAAAAAUUAAGCUGAUGCAAUUGGUUGUGGGAAACAGAGUCCAGAGCCUGAUACAUGCUAGACAAGGAGCUUGGCAAGUAAACCAACAUUUCUAGCCUCUUGUCAUUUUCCUUUCUCCAAGAUCAUACUACUAUGUCAUCUGGCAACUUGUAUGCCAACCUUCAACCCAGUCUAAAAUCAUCUAAUGGAAACUGCUCAGAUCACACUGGCUUGUGAGCAUGUCUAUGGUAAAUAACAUUUACUCUUAAUUGAUGAAGGAGGGCACCUCACUGUGGGCCAUACCAUUCCCUGGGCAUUGGUCAUGGAAUGGAUAAGAAAGCAUGAGCCUGUUAGCAAGUCAUCAAGCAGGAUUUCUCCAUGGUUUCUGCUUCAAUUUCUUGCUUGGGUUUGUGCCCUGACUUUCCUCAGCUUUUGACAGUAACUUGAAAGUUGAAACAAAACCGUUCAUUUCUUGAACUUGGUUCAUUGCACUUGGUUGGAAUGUUUUACCAUGAUGACCAAAAUCAGACUAGAAUAUUAUUUGACUAUUUUAUGUAGAAAGAUAAAUCUAGAUCCUAAUGCUCAAAAGCAGAAAAACUUUUCCCUGCUUUUAAAAACCCACACAGUUGCCUUGUUGGCCAGUUUCAAUACUAAUUCUUUCCAGUGUACUUUCUUUUUGUCUUUACUGAGAAGUUAUUUUUCUGUAUUCCAAAUAUCACUAUUUCAUUACAUAACAUUGUGACAUACAUUUCUUUCCCCUUCUAAAUAGUUAGGCCGCUAUGGGACCAACAUGAUGUGGUGAGUCAAUAUUGAUUGAUCAAUUGAUUGAUUGAUUGCAGAUGAUGCUCAUACUCCAACAUCCAGUUGAAGUAAAAGUAGAGCUUGCUUAUGGGAAUUGAUUCUCUUUUUUCUACUACGUGGAUCCUGGGGAUCAAACUUAAUCAUUAGCAAGCAUCUUUCUCAAUGAGCCACCUUGUAAGCCUUUACAUAGUAUUUUCUAGUAUAUAUCAUAGACUCAAGGAUGAGGCUUAGAACUAUACAUGAAAACCACAGAAAAAUGAUAGGAUGAGAAUAGCCAUUGGAAUGCAACCAUUAUAAAACUUUCUUGUUUAUAUCUAAAAUAUGUCAAAGAACCCUACAUUAAAAAUUAGAUCAAAACGUCAUGCAAUAUUAACUCACAUGAGAAGAAAGAGGAGGAAAAGGAACACUGGCAAUAAAAUAAAACAGUAGAGCAUUGCUUACAUGACCGAUUCUUCUGAUAUAUUGUAUGUUAGUUACUCACUCAAUUCAGCCCCAUAAACACUCUGUGAGCCAGAUGGUGCCAUCAUCCCAUCUACCUUCUAUGAAAUCAAGGUUAGGGGACUUCCUGAGUAACACCAUUACUGGAGAUGCCAGUUACAUUAGUCAGGGUUCUUUAGAGUCACAGAAAUUAUGGGUAGUCUCUAUAUAGUAAGGGGAAUUUGUUGAUGACUUACAGUCUGUAGUCCAACUCCCCAACGAUGGUCAGCAGCAGUUGUGAAUGCAAGUCCAAGGAUCUAGCAGUUGCUCAGUCCCACAAGGCAGGCAGGCGAAGAAGAGGGGGGAUCUUCCUUCUUCCAAUGUCCUUACAUAGGUCUCCUGCAGAAGGUGUGUUCCAGAUUAAAAGUGUGUACCACCACGCCUGGAUCUGGGACUUGCUUUGUCCCAGAUGACCUUGAACUCUUUGCCUUAGUCUCCUGGGAUUCAUAGCCACUAUGCUUCAAGAUCUCCAUGUCAAGAUCCAGGUCAGAAACUUGUAUCUCCCAGUCUCAAGAUCAGGAUCAAAGGCUAAAGUGUCAUCAUGAUUGUUCCAUUACAAGGUGCACAGAUGCUACAAAUGCUGGAGAAAUCCUUGAAGAAGUACCUUCCUGAAUCCUUAAAGGUCUAUGGGACCAUCUAUCAUGUGAACCAUGGAAACCCAUUCAAUCUAAAAGCCCUAGUAGACAAGUGGCCUGAUUUUAACACAGUGGUUGUCCGCCCUCAAGAACAGGAAAUGAAAGAUGACCUUGAUUUCUACACUAACACUUACCAAAUCUACUCCAAAGACCCCGAGAACUGUCAGGAGUUCCUGGGCUCCUCAGAAGUCAUUAACUGGAAACAGCAUUUGCAGAUUCAAAGUUCCCAGUCCCACCUGAAUAAAGCAAUACAAAAUCUUGCAAGCAUCCAUUCUCUCCAAGUCAAACACUCAGAAAACAUCCUCUAUGUGGUAUCAGAGACAGUUAGGAAACUGUUCCCUUCCCUGCUGGAUACAAAGAAUUUAUCACCAGGAAGUGGCAAGCCCAAGGCUAUCAAUCAAGAGAUGUUUAAACUUUCAUCUUUGGAUGUUACCCAUGCUGCAUUGGUGAAUAAAUUCUGGCUUUUUGGUGGCAACGAGAGGAGUCAGAGAUUCAUCGAACGCUGCAUAAAGAACUUCCCAAGUUCCUGUGUCUUGGGGCCUGAGGGAACCCCUGCAUCUUGGACUCUAAUGGACCAAACUGGAGAGAUGCGAAUGGGAGGCACCGUGCCUCAGUACCGGGCCCAAGGUCUUGUCUCCUUUGUUAUCUAUUCACAAGACCAGAUUAUGAAGAAACGUGGCUUUCCUGUUUAUUCUCACACUGACAAAAGCAAUACUGUUAUGCAAAAAAUGAGUUACUCACUGCAGCAUCUCCCCAUGCCCUGUGCCUGGAACCAGUGGAUAUGUGUACCUAUGUGAAGCUGGACUCAAACACAAGAUGAUGUCGGGUGGGCCGGGGGAUGUAAUUGGAUGGUGAGCAAAGAGUGAAGGUGAUUGAAAAGAGAGAAUAAAUGGCAGCCAGCUGCAAAAGAGAGCUGCUGUCUGUGCUCUGGGGAAGCAGUGUGAAUGGCCAACAGAUCUCCAUAACUCCUUUUUGUCAGAUUGCUCCUAGACUUCCCUUAAGUUCCUGAGUUUGAAGCAGGCCUAUACCCUUCGGUACUGGACUCAUGUAAUUUAGCCCCUUCAUAUUUCUAGGAUUUAUGUAACAUUCCUUUAUCAUCUGCUCCAAAUGGCUCCUCCUAGAAACCAUAGUACAAAAUUUGGAAACUUCUGCUACCCUUACUAGCAAUAGGGAGAGUAUGUUUUCUGACUACUGUGCCUAUUCCCCUCUGUCUAUUGCCUUUCCUUCAGUGAUCAGCAAGUGAAUUCUCCUUAUAAUGUCUUAAGGAAGUAGCUGCCCCUCUGUUGGGUGCUUCAUAGAUAUGUUAAAUACAUCAUUAUACAUGGAUCAUAUACUUUAUCAGAUUAAACACAAUAUAUAUAAAACAUCAAAAGAA